GCCAAUCGGCUUGAAGUAUUUAGAAACGUCAUCGGGGGCCUUCAACCAAUUGUUUUGUUUAAAGAGAAGCAGUGGGAAGUUUUGUAUUUGGAGCGUACCGUGCGCUGUUAUAAAGUAGCGGUGGUGACAUCCACAAAAAUGAUGGACGCAUUAUCAGUAGUCACACAGCUGCGGGACCUCGCAUCUGAACCACAGAAUCGGGAGGCGAUUGUUCAGGACCAGGGUUGCCUUCCAGGGCUAGUGUUGUUUCUUGACCACAAAGACCACAAAGUGCUCUUUGCCACCCUCCAGGCUUUGCGGUACCUGGCUGAAUCACCCCGCAACAUCAACACCAUGAAAAAUGAGCUUGGCAUGAUGGUCAGCCUGGAGACACUAAUGGAGAGGACUAGUAUGACAACUGAUAUUACAGACCUUGCAGAAGAGGUGUAUGGUGUGUUGACUUCUCAAACACAGAAACCAGCUUGUCAGACUCCAGAGCAACAGAAAAGGAAGAACAAACCCCAGUUCUUCAUUAACAGCUCCAACAAGAAGGCUAAAUCAGUUACCCUGCAUAUACAAGGCUUGGAUGGGGCAGAUCAAAGAGGUGUGUGUGAGGAGGCCCUUUUGAGAGUCAAAGGAGUAAUUAGCUUCACCUUCCAGAUGGCUCUAAAGAGAUGUACUGUACGCAUCCGUGCCGACCUGCCCACUGAGAGUCUGGCCACUGCCAUUGCUGCCACAAAAGUGCUUUCGGCUAAGCAGGUCUUGAAAAAUGAAAACGGAGAAGAGGUUCUCAUUCCGCUCAGCACCUCUGGCUCAAAAGUAGAAGAGAAUUCCAAUCUGCCUGAUUACCUGCCAGAAGAUGAGAGCCCGGAGAAAGAGCUAGACCGUGCUGUGUCCCGUACUGGUGCUAAACAAGACACCGGUGGCAGCUGGCUGAACACAGCAGCCAGUUUCCUCACUAAAACCUUCUACUGGUAAAGACUAAGUUUCACAGACUUUUCCUAGCUGUUUUGGGACCUCAACAUUUUUAAGACAGAUCAGCUUAGAAGAGCAAGUUUCACCAAUAUUGGAUCAUAAAGCACCAGUGGAAGGUCAGGGAACUGACAAAUGGCGUUGGUCAAUUUAUGAGCAAAUGUAUCUUGUCACAACUCUGUACUGAUAUGUAGAUGCUGAGAUUAUGCUGUACAUUUAUAUAGGUUUAUGUAUUUCCUCCAUGUAAGGAACCAAAAUUUCCUGUUUUUUGCUGUCGAGUUUGUCUGCUGAAUCUUCUUUCCUCCUGAUUUCUUGUAAAUAUUUCCAUUGUGUGUUAUAAGGGGAAAGUAUCUAUACUGUGUGUCAUCUAACAUUGGAAACGACUGAAAAACAGAUUAAAUGUUUAAUGCUGUUUUGUGUAAAAUAAAGGUUUGGAAGGAAGAGUA